AUGAACUCUAGGUCUAGCUCUCGAGGAGAUACUCCUGGCCCCUCAGGGUCUCGUCCUGGCUCGAAGGCUGGGAGUCAGCCUCACAAUGAAUCCAUCGAUUCGAGAAUAGAGAGUCCAGUAGGUAUGUUUGGCCCCCCUGAGAACUCUAGACUGCCUGAUAUAUCCGAGUUUCGCUCACCUGUUGCUGGUUAUUUUAGUCCAGAUCUUAAACUCCCAGGAGAGCAAUCGCUCCAGCCGGCUCAGAGCUCUGAGCGCAAUAUGGAAACCGAGGAAGCUCGACCUAUCUCUUCCCCGCAAGCAGUAAGCCAAAAUCACAGAGAGCUCGUCGACUCGAGAAUUUCCAGUCCAGCGGGUAUGUUCGGAACCCCUUCACCCCUACAACUGUUCAGUGUAAGAGAGUUUCGCUCACCGAUCGCAGGUUACUUUUGUCAAGAUUUUAACCUCUCAGGAUCGCAGUUCCUAGAGAAGGUUCAGAAUCAGUGUGAAAAGAUGGACGACAUAAAAGCUCGAUAUGAAGAUCUCUGGCUUUCAACUCAGUUGUUCUGGGACCUUAUGCUUCGAAUGCAGCCGAACUGUGUCAUUUCUGAUGCCGGGAUUCUCAGACAGGCUGUUGAUCUUAUGCUCGAUGUUGUUGUUGGUCGCAUGCUCCCUCAGCUUCGACCAGAGUAUCACCCAAUCCUCGCAGAAAGCCACCUCCAAGCACUUAAUCGCCGUCUUCGUGUUCUGGAACUUCGCCUUCGAACAGAUAUGGUGACGUGCGGUAAGUCACCCAACAUGCUUUGCGGGUGUGUCAUUCCUUUAAAGCGUCCCAACAACAAGAGCAAGCUCUGGACGCGCCACUUGACAAUAAAAAAAGACGAGAAGGGCCGCUCUGAGGAUCGAGGGUUCAAACUUCGUGAUUUGGCUGGUCUUCUCCGCCUUGAAGACUUUCUCACGCAUGUCUAUGCUAUUGCUCUCAUGGACGAUGAGAUCAAGAGGUUUCUACCCAAGAAGGAUUAUCGUACUGCUGAUGAGCUUCGAGCUGAGUGGAUUUAUGUCCUUUGCCAUUGGGAUUUUCGCGCCGCUGUCGUGCUUGAAGUCAUGGGGAUCGUCACCGAUGCUGUGGCUUUCAGUAAGAAAGAUGGGAAUCAAAUACAUCGGGAGGAAUGUGAGCUUUGGAUCCCUGAAACGGUAACUGAACCACUCACCACGGCUGCACGUUUCAGAAAACUGGCGACGUUCCAGGCUGAUCCGAACCGUGGAAUGAGUCCUCUGCAUCCUUCAUAUUGGAGACGGGACUCUAAGAGUUCGGUGAAGUCUUCUGUGAGUCGGGGUCGUAACGACUGA